GAGGAUUUAAAAGUGUAACAGGACAAGCAGCCCUGACUGAGAUGAACUGGGACAACCAGCUGAGCUCCAUCCUCUCAGCAGCUGAUGGCAGUGUUGCCAAGAUGAGGGAGAGACUGGCCACGCCAGGGAAUUAUCCAAAAGGAAGAGAAGUAGAUCUCUAUCCAGUCAGGGAGGUGGCUAGUGUCUCAAAUUUGGAGCUCCCUCGUCUCCCCCCUCUCCCCAAGUCCUCCAUCUCUCUCCUCCCCCCUCCCUCCUCCGCUGUGCAGUGGGCAGACCUGGCAGCCGUCCAAUCACAACUGCAAAUCCAGAGCCAGGCCAUAGAGUCUCUGACCCAAAGUCUUCAUGACAUGGACAGAGAGAGACACUCUCAGCAGAGCCACAUACAGGCACUACAAGACGAGGUUCGCAGACUGCGAGAGCAGGCGACGGAGAGAGAGCGGGAACAAGAAAGGGAUGGAGAGAGGAGAGGGUCAGGGAUGACUAGUCCAGAAGUGGAGAGAAGGAUUGACCAGUGGAGGAGAGAUGUGGGCCGUGAGCUCAGCACUCUGAGAAGGCACAUCACCAGAGCCACAUCACAAGGCAACUUGGAGGAGAGUUUCUGCUCUAAGCUGCGAAGGGAGGAGUUGGAUCAUUUGAGGAGAGAGGUGGACACACUCAAAACCCAGCUCAGGAGGCAGGAGGAGGACAUGUUUCUUCAGCAGUCGGAGGCCAGAGAGACGAGGAGGCAGUAUGAACACAGCUGCAAGACACUAGAGGAACUAACAGACAGCUACAGAAACCACAGCUUUGACCUGGCCAAGACUGUUUCUCAAUACACACACACAGAGCAGGAGGUCCGCCAGAUCAGGAUAACUGUAUCGGAGCUGAAGGACGAGAUCAGGAGUCUGAUUCUCCGGGAGAGACAUCACACACCUACUGUUACACUACACACAGCAGUUCCAGCAUUAGCUGCCUUCUCCCGCUGUAAAGAUGCCAGGGGUCAAAAGGCGGAGCCAGACUCAGACUCUGACGACUUCAGUCCCACCCCCAGUCUGGCUGAGGUCAGCUCUGAUGACCUGUCCUGGCUGGAUGACCGAGACACAGCUCCUCCUCUAGCAGUACCUCGGGUACAUCAGAGCUCCCAUUCUGCAGGAAAUGACCUCAGAGGACCAGGAAGUGGCCUGGAUGAUGAUGAUGAUCUUGAUGAUGAUGAUGGAAACCUGGAGUUGGGGUCAGACAGCCCCCCCGACCUCAGCCUCAAUGACCUUUGAGGGGCUUCGUCAUGCCAGUGUUCUAGAAUGCUAUGAGUUCUUUCUUUGAGAAGUUUUUGGGCACGAACCUCAAACCCUGACUAAAGAGGAUGAUGAAAAGGCUGAACUCUGCUUGAGAAAAAGAAAGCACCAUAUUUUAAAAACUCCUAUGUGAGUAUGCUCUGUCAGUGGUUUUUGGGAAAAGGUGUACAAUAGUGUUUUGUAUUACACUCCAUGUGAUUGUCUUAAUGAAUUACAUCUGGGGAAAGCUUUGAUUUCACUGACGAUAUACAACUUGAUGAUCACUGGUGUUUUUGAGUCUAAGACCAUUAGUAAAACAUAUGGUGGACUGAUGUUUACUUUUACUAUCUAAGGCUGAUGCAAAUCAGUGAGGUGCUGUCUCUUAUUUGGUACUGUAUUUGUAUCUAUUUACUGUAACGUAUUGAGAUGCAGCCCAGGCCUCUCUUCACCCUCGCCUUUGGACCACAGACAAGUCCUGCUGUGUAACAUGAGUCGGUCUGUUUAAUAUUUCAGCAGUUAGAGACUGUCUAGCCAGAUAACCCCUCCCCACAAAGGGGAAUGGCCCAUGGAGCAAGGGACCACAAAUGGGCUGGGGAGAGGGGGUUAAUGGAGGGGGCAAUGGGGAAGUGGUGGGAGGGGCUUUGGCCAUAGUGAUGACAAGUUUUAAUGUGGAUGAUUCAGGGCUUUCACACACAGCCAAGUACUAGACCGCUGCUUGUUUAAAUGUUACAUUGACUCACUGUACGGCCUGUAAAACAAAUGUGAUGAUUUUGGGCUUCUGCAAUAAAAUUCUGGAUAAAGAGCUGUAAUAAAA